UCCGCUGCCGGGGAGGCGGUUUUGUGUGUGUCUGAGGGGUGCGAGUGGGGUCGCGGCUCCCCCGCGGGCGGCGGCGCUUGGGGGGCCCGGCCCGGCCUCCGCAGACUGCGCUGAAAGGCGGCGGCGGGCGGCCCUCCCGGUGGCGCGGCCCCUUCCGCCGGCGCUGAGGGGGGUCCCCCCCUUGAGGGGGCCCCUACAGGAGCGGGGGGCCCCCGCUGGGGCGCUGGGCGGCGGGGUCCCCCCUCGAGGGCUCGGGGCGGCCCGGCGGCGGCGGCGGCGGCUCUGAGCCCGGUUCUCGGCUCCCCGGGUCGGGGUGAGGGGCCGGCAGGUGGGCGAUGAAUGGUUUCAGCACUGAGGAGGACAGCCGGGAUGGGCCUCCCGCCGCCCCCUUUUACGGCCAGAGCUGCUGCCUCAUCGACGACGGGGACCGCUGCGUGCGCCCCGCCGGCAACGCGUCCUUCAGCAAGAGGAUCCAGAAGAGCAUCUCGCAGAAGAAGCUGAAGCUGGACAUCGACAAAAGUGUGAGACAUCUGUAUAUUUGUGAUUUUCACAAGAACUUCAUCCAAAGUGUCCGAAACAAAAGAAAGAGGAAGACAAGUGAUGAUGGGGGUGACUCUCCCGAGCACGAAACGGAUGUCCCCGAGGUUGACUUGUUCCAGCUCCAAGUGAACACUCUGCGACGUUACAAGAGACACUAUAAGUUGCAGACGAGGCCUGGACUCAACAAGGCUCAGUUAGCAGAAACUGUCAGUCGUCACUUCAGGAAUAUUCCUGUGAACGAGAAAGAGACACUUGCCUAUUUCAUCUAUAUGGUGAAGAACAACAAGAGCAGGCUGGACCAGAAAUCAGAAAGUAGCAAGCAACUAGAAUGAAGAAUAUCGGGACUUGGAGUAAGAGAGCCCUUGAAGGAACAGAUGGUAUUGUACAUUUUAGGUAUACAAAAACUGUUAAAGUAUAUUGUAAAUUUCUUUUUUUAAAUGCAGUAAGUCUGGAUGACAGAGGAAAAAUAUAGACAUUCGUAUCGGGAGUAUCUAAAAACAUGUGCCCAGCAUGUUUCUGAAGACUCUUUUUUCCCCUCAUUUCAACGUGACGUUGGAAUAAAGAGAUGAGGAUAAUGAGGAAACCGAUUGGAGAACCUGUAGGACUGACCUGUGUCAGCUCGGUGUUUUAAUCCAUGUCUGGAAGGCUGCAUCUCGGUGCAGGUCAGGCCACAGAGGGAGUGCUUCCGCUGAAUUCAGGCUGCGUCACCAACACCGUGCAGUUUGUCGCGGCUCAGGACUGCAGUAGCGGCAGCGAUACAAUUAGUUAUUGAGGUGUACGGGGUCAGAAGUUUGUCUGAAGCUUGCUCCCCACCUACACGUUGCUCUGUCUUGCCUUGAGUCAGUGCUUCAAGUCCCAAACUUCUACAAAUGUUCCAGCUCACCCAGUCUGCUCCAAUGAACACUACUUGACUAGCCCAAGAUUGGUUUUUUGUUUUAACCGAUUUUCCUCCCACCCCAUUCCUCCACAGAUGCCAAACAACUCCCUGCAAUCUCUUGUUGUAAUUUCUGGUAUUUAAGAACUCACCAGUUAAUUGUCUGUCUGCAUUUCCUCAGCGUGUGGCAUUAAGGCCAACGCAGCUUAUUCGAUGGGUUUGAUCGCGUUGGUAGAAACGCUCGUUUCAUUCACUUACACGCGUUUCCCUUGUAUUCAGGGCUCAGUGGUGGUUGGUGGAACAGUGGCUUAAGACAUCUGUGUCUCAAUCUCUGUGUCAUAUCUGGUAUCUGACACAACUGUGAUGUGAAUUUUGUGCUAAUCUUCAGCAACUGUUCCAAAACCGCUGUCUGGACUGGUGGGCUCGGCAGCCCCUCUUUGGUGUGAAGCAGAGUUAAGCUAAUGCGUGUAGCACCAUCACCAGGUAGUGAUCUGGCUGGAGCAGGAGGUGUUCCAUCUGUCUUUGCAGCGGGCAAAGCGAGUGGAAGGCCUUGCCUGUGGUGAGCACUGCGUGUGCUUUGUGAGAGCUGCGCAAGGGCGAGCAGCGUGCUGGCGCUCUUCAGCCGGGCGCUGUGCGAGGGGAUCUCUCUGACUUUGAUCUUUAAAGCCAAGGUGUCCUUACAAAUGUCACAGUGAUUAUUUUGGCAAAAGGAGCUUGUAACAGUGCUGGUUGUGACUGACUGUUCUCCAAUGACCUCAGAUUCUCUCUUCAGGGGUAUCUCAUGAUUUAAAGCCCCACUCUGUUUCUUUGCUGUCCUAACCCGUGUCUCCAUUCUGUUGCAAGAUGCCAAGACUCCACAUAGAGAGUAUUUUCUCAACAAGCCUUAAGCAACGAACUGAGUGGUAGAAAACUUUGGCUAGCGUUUUGUCAACGGCAGGUUUUAAUAUUCCAAAACUGGAUGAAGCUUUGUUGAAGAGCUAAAUACACAGGUCACGAUCCUGGCUUAGUACUGCGUCAUGUAAAGCAUGAAGGGUUCACGUAGUGAAGCUCUUGGUGAAGCUCUCCCAGGGUCUCUUUAAAAAUCAAGUCACAAUUUAAAGCAAGCUGUUCACAUCACCUCUGAAGUGUUUGCUAGCACUCCAAAAAGGUGUUUGACAAACAUGUCCAAGUCGUAUGUCAUAGGCAGAAAUGCUCUGUUAUGGUACACAUCCCAUUUGUGAAGUUUUGGGGAGUGAUUGUCUCAGCAUUUCCUUGUUCAAUUCAGUACGGAUGUUAAGAACGUCAGACAAGAGAGAGGUUCAAGGAACGAGGAGAGAAUGUCUUGUGUCAGUAUUUCAUGAAUGUUUAAAAAUUCCCUAAUUAAGCUAGUCCUUUCCUUAUUGAAAGGAUGGAGUAAUUCCCACGUCAGUCAACAUGAUCUGGCUUCUCUCAUUCAGGACAGACAGCUAGAAGGGUACGUUCUCUGACUGUGUGUUAAUCUUCGAAGUGUCCCUGUAAUCAGAGGAUAUUCCCAAGGGAAAAGAAGUGUCUGAGUUGAGGAAGUUACGCCUCGUUGUAACUUUUAGACCAAAACGUUAAAAAUGUAUUUAGUUUGGGAUUUACUUUUUGUUGUUGUAUUUUGGGUUGUUUUAUUUCUGAGAGUAAAUAAAUCUGUUGGGGUGUUUUAGCAGCCAGCAGCAAAAUGAUUCAUUUCAAGGAACUAUGGUGGCAGGUUCCAUCCGUUCAGGUGUGUUCACUGGAGUGCUUUUGUUCAGAGGUGGUGUCCAGGAAACUUUUUUGUUGUUCUUGUUGUUCUGAAAAUAAGUCAAUUGAUGUGAACUGUGAUCCUUGUUGGUUUCACUCUUAAAGCAAUUAUACUUUUCUGAAAAAAAUCUUAAUGAAGUGUGAUAAUGAAGAGAUGUUUACCAGCCAUUAGCAGUUGUUUAUAAGGUGGAAAGCUUGGAGGCCAGACACCAAAGGAACAAGAACCUUUGGCUGUCGGACCCCACGGCCUUGUAAACCCUUGCAAAUGCCUUAUUACCUUGUUCUCAACUUAGCUAGAGCAAAACGCCUUGAGCAAAAGCAAGUCUUGUUGGAAGGGUCAGCCACUUUAUGGCUGCCAUGCUAUAAACUGAAAUCACACGUCGAUUCAGUAGCAAUAUCCAUGUUCAGGGUGCCUGUGAUUCUUGAAAAGCAUUUAGUGUCUCCUAACCAGAAAACGCAACAAUGCAAUCGUCAUUCUGUCCAACACCAUUCUGUGUAUUUGAUUCCUUAUGCUGCAUGCCAAUUAAAAAAGCAAAAGAGAGAGACUUUCCAACUUCUCGUUUUAAACUUCGAUGUGUUUGAACCUCACCCUUGUGAAGCCAUGAGGUGGGACGUUUUCUCAGCACUUUUAGAUGGGACUCGUUGGAAAGGCGGAAGACCCACAUCGCUUUGGCUGGUAUGAUAAGAUUUAUUUUUGUGGUUGUUCCUUUGACAUUUUGCUUUUCACAGAUGGGCCUUAAAUUCUGUCUAGCUUUGAACCACGGAGCACAAGCCUUGGGGCCGUGGAGGAUGACCAGAUGUCAUCUUCCAUUUGUAAUAGUGGAAGCUUAUUUCUCACAAGCCUGCAUAGGUGACGUUCACCCUGGGGCAGAGGAACCGUCUUUGAAGCCCUCCAGCCGUCACAUAGCCCAGUUCAGUGACGUGGCCUAAUCCAGUUCUCACUGAAGACUUACGUGGACUUCAUUAGACUUCUCAAUAGAUCCAAAGCCAUUAGCGUGAAGCCCAAAUAAUGCAGAAACAUCUCUUCCAGGGUUCAUUUCAUCCUCUGUGCUGACCCUCUGCUCACUUGAAGGGAAGAAGAAGAAGUCAUUGCUGGUAGUUGUCGGCUUGAGCUCAACCGAAGGGAGUUGGAAGCGUGCAAAGACUUGAGCCGGUGGCAGUCUGAUGGCUGAAGAGUGCAAAUGGAUCCAAGGAGACUGGGUUGGAGUGCAUCUCAAAGAAUACUGUAUAUCAACCUGAAGGAACCAACUGCAUUAAAAGCAAAUGUUUGUUUUGCCAGGCACUUCAGAUGCUCGGCCUGAGAAGAGCAGAGCGGGCAGGUUUGUACCGGUUGUCCCCACUACUCCGGUGUCCCAGUUUUCCCUCGGAAUGUGGCUGUAAACCACUAGACACCCUGGCGUGCAAGUCUUGACCCACACAUAUCAAGUCUGGCAUUUAAAGUUAGUCUGGAGUGCAAGCUGGAUUCAGAGAGGCUUUCAAAACAAGAGCUGAGAUAAGCCACAGUAAGAGUGAGUUUUCAAGUGGGUCGGGGUGCCCAGAGAAGACGAAAGAGGCCGUGGCCCACAGAGAUGGAGCAAAACGCAGCGUGGAGGAAGAUGGCUCUGUGCUGGCUCUUGGCAUGGAUGUUCUAUGAGAGGGGAAGAAGGGGGGAGCUGUGCACUUUACAUCUUCUGGUUGAGCCAAAUGUAAAUAGCAAUGGGAGAUGUUCAGCAGUAUCUGAGGUUGGAGGGGAGAGAAGUGAUCUGCUGGGGGACUGUUUGUUUAAACUAGCAGAUCCUUGCGCUUCCCCAGAGCACUGGAGUCACUUUGCCUCUGCAGUUCAAAGGAGUGGGUGGCACUAGGGAGUUGUUUGGUGCUUCUGUACCAAAGGAGUCCUUGUACCACCCAGGGCGCUGGCUGAAGAGUCCCAAAGGUGAAGGAAUGUUAUUGAUGCCUCACUCCUCUUGUCACUGAUGCCCUUUAGCCAUCUCUACCUUAUCAAUUAGGGAGUUUUGAUUUUUCCACUUCUAAAGUGCGGAUGAACUGUUAGGAUGUAAGAUGCUCCUUGCACUUUUCACAGCUAUCCCUGGUCUGGAGUUGUUGAUUUGCCUGUCCACACGUGUUUGGAAUGAAUUAAGUGUGGGGAGAGGGAGGGGCUCCUGCCUUAAACCUGAACUUCCCUUGCAGGCAGCUCUGCGGGCCAUGCUGUACGGCAGCAGGCCCCUGGAGCCUCUUGCUUAGCUGAGCCCUACCUACCAGGGCUGGGUUUACUCCGGUCCCAGCCGCAGCUCUGCUCCACAGCUGGAGUGCAGGGGAGGGGAAUAGCAGGUGACUUACAGAACGGCUCGGAAUCUUUGAGCUGGCUUACCAGGAGAGAAAAACUCUGUUCCCUCUUCUGUUUCUGGCCUCCAUGUGUUGUGCUGAUCUUAUGCCAAAUGUUUUGGACACCUUGUAUUUUUAACUGUGUAAUAUAGCUGUGUAUUGUUAAAGCAACUUAGUAACUUAUAGCAAAGACUGUAGAACUCAUUUCUUUGGGGUGUAGGAAAUGUCCUGCUUCCACUGUGUAUGAAACUUUAACUCUGUACUGUCUGACGAAGAUAAAAUGCUGAAUUUCACUUUAAUAAAUGAUCUAUCUAGCAACAA